GAAAAAUUUAUACAGUAGCUAUUAACGAAUUGGCAUACAACGUACAAAGGCAUUCAAAGUCAAAAUUUGUGGAGGGUAAUUACGUCAUUUCAAGUUUCCAAUAAAUUGGUUGCCCAAUUCGCAGACGAAUUCAAAAGGCUAGAAAUAUCAACACAAUCCAAUUUCCCCCUCUGUGCGCAGCGGCAGAGCAGAGCUGACCUGAGCCCAGCCAUUAUCAUCUUCUUCUCUGCUGUAGUAUUGGAAGGUUCAAUGAAUCACCAUGGUAGCAACAGUAACAGCAAUCCGACCAGGGAAAAUUUUAGUUUUGGCAAUCCAGGAGGAAUGCAAACACAAAUGCCGAUGCAAAUGUCCAUGAGCCAUAGCCAACAGCAGGUUCCUCACUUGUCUCAGGCGCAAAUGCAAGGCAGGCCGUAUUUCGCAGGACACUUUCAAUUGUCAGAGCCUCAGGCUCCGGCAUAUUUGCAGUCCCAGGCAGCUCAAGGGAAGACAGAUUCACAAGUCUUGAUCCGGCCUGAGGCUGCUACGAAUGUAGGCACUUCAUCUCCCUCAAUUGCCACACCGGCUUCUGGAUCAGCAGGACCUGCAAAGCGUAUCCAGAGGCCACCUUCUCGUCCAUCUGGGGGAGCUUCUGGUCUGGGAACUGCUUCUCCCAUGAAAACUAUGGAACUGACUCCUGCUGUACAUAGAGGGAAGAGGAAGGUACCUGAUAAAGCAAUUCCCGAUCAAAUUACAGCACUGUUGCCUGAAUCUGCACUCUAUACUCAAUUGCUUGAACUUGAAUCCAAUGUUGAUGCUGCCCUUGCAAGAAAGAAGGCAGACAUUGCGGACUCCCUUAAAAAUCCUGUGCAAGUUCGGAAAGUCUUGCGGGUAUAUGUUUUCAAUACCUUUGAAAACCAAACAGGAGUAAAUUCAGAAAAUGAGAAUGUGGAGUCACCAUCAUGGUCACUUAAAAUAAUUGGUAGGAUUUUGGACGGUGGAAAAGAUCAUGUUAUGGAAGGAGGAAAGGAGAAGUCGAGUUCUCUCUAUCCAAAGUUCUCAUCUUUUUUCAAGAAAAUUACUGUAUACUUAGAUCAGAAUCUAUAUCCAGAUAAACAUGUAAUCUUAUGGGAUAGUUCUCGAUCGCCGGUACUCCAAGACGGGUUUGAAGUGAAGAGAAAGGGAUCCAAGGAGUUCACUGCAAUUAUUAGAUUGGAGAUGAAUUUUGCUCCUGAGAAAUUUAAACUCUCUCCAGCACUUCAGGAACUUCUUGGUAUUGAAGUGGAAACACGUCCGAGAAUUAUGGCAGCACUUUGGCAGUAUGUGAAGAUGAAAAAGUUACAAAUACCUGGCGACACAGCUUUUUUCACGUGCGAUCCACCUUUGAAGAAGCUUUUCGGAGAAGAGAAGUUGAAAUUCUCUAUGGUUAAUCAGAAGUUAACACCACAUCUCGCCCCACCGGGUCCCAUACAUCUAGAGCAUCGAGUGAAGCUUUCCGGGUCUUGUCCAUCUGGAGAUACUUGUUACGAUGUCCUGGUUGACAUUCCCUUAUUUUUAGAGGAAAAGUCGACAUUCUUGGCUAGUUUAGAGCAGAACAAGUUCAUUGAUGAUUGCGAUGAAUCCAUUUCUUCUGCUGUGAAGAAAGUCCACGAGCAUAGUCGAAGGCGGGCUUUCUUCCUCGGUUUCAGUCAAUCACCUGCAGAGUUCAUCAACUCCUUAAUUGCUUCUCAAGCCAGAGAUUUGAAGCUUGCUGCUGCCGGUGCUAGUUCUGAGAUGGAGAAAGAGCAUCGGGCUGAUUUCUAUGAUCAACCAUGGAUCGAAGAUGCUGUUAUCAGGUACUUAAAUCGCAAGUCUCCUCUGGGAAGCGAAGGUUUUGGUGGAAACAAAUAGCGAGGGAGGCGCGCAGUGUACAGUUGAGUCCAAUGUUAUUGCUUUGGCCCCCCAGAUCUGAGAAUCAUAACUGGUAAUGAAAAUGAUUUCAUAUCUCUUACAUUAGCCAUAUGAUGAAUAUGAUUAUGAUUAUGAUAGGAAGUAGUGAGGAUAUUUAUUUAGUGAUGAUAAUUUUGGUGUAGAAUGCUAUUUCAUAUUUCUUGUAUACUUAUGUUAGUCACUCUGAUAAUCAGCAUGCACCACGGAUUGAAUCGUUGUGACGAAUGGAAGUGAGACUAGAUUAGAUCUGUACCAAAAUGUUUA